AACGGAUUGACGAUGCGUCGACAUAAUCACUUACUUUGGUGUUGCACACUUCUGUUCGUUGUCUGCUCUUCUAAGCCUCAGGGAAAUUCCACGACGACGAGCGACGACGAGCGGAAUUCCACAGUACGAUAUGGAAUUCGUGCUGAUGUUACCGCGAAUCAUAGCGACGAUACCGAAUUGAUGCGGUAUAAGUUGCCUGGUGAAAAUUUCACCAGGAAUAACGACGAGUCUCGCGCCAACUCCACGAGUGACGACUACGAGGAUAAUGAUUUGGCGCGGUACGAGUUUCACGCACAUUUCGCGAAGGAUCACGAGGAUCGCGACAAUCAAAUGUCGAUGGAGCUUCGCGCGUAUUCUACAAAGGCCGACGAUAAGGACAAUUCCACGUCGUGGAACGAACUCCGUGGAAACUUGACGGAAGUUGAAGGAACAAGCAACUUAACGUUGUACGAGCUCUCUGAAAAAUUUUAUGAGGACGAUAAUAAAAGAAUCACCGUUCCUUACGAGAUGUGCGAGAACAUCACCUGCAUUCCGCUCUGCUGCCCUCUCGGCAGCCGCUUAAUCGAAUCGAAUCGGUCGAUUGAUGAGGAAUGCGUUCCUGGAAAGUAUUACUAUCCUUUUCCGGAUGUGUACGAGUACGCGACGUCGGAGUGGAGAUCAAUUGGCAAAAAGUUGGACCAAUUUUUCUCGCUGACCGUACGUGAUCCGUGCAUAAACGGGCGCUACCCGCUUAAUCCCGAAAUGGAUCCAAAGGACGAGUAUGUGUUCCUCGUCAAUGGCUCUCUGUAUCAGCCAAAUCUCAACGAGUUCGUCAAUUCGUACUGUCUCGCUGUUUUGCAAGAGCAUAACUCGUACGUGAUAGCCGUUUGCUUCAAGGAGGACAUAGUCGUUGACCAAAGACAAGAGAAUAGCAUACCCGUGGGUCUGUUGGUGUCCUUGCCAUUCUUACUGGCGACAUUCGUGGUUUACUCCGUACUACCGGAGCUCUGGAACAUGCAUGGCUACACGCUGCGUGGAUACGUUGGUUCAUUAUUCGUCGCGUACACGUCCCUCGCGAUAGUUCAGCUAACCCCGACAGCUCUAAUACCGGAUUCCGCCUGCAUCGCAAUUGCCUUCAUCAUCCACUUCUCAUUUUUGGCAAGCUUCUUCUGGCUAAACGUGAUGUGCUUCGACAUUUGGUGGACAUUCGGAGGAUUCCGUUCGUUACAAGGCAGUAUGAAGCAACGAGAGAGAAAAAAAUUCCUAAUGUAUUCAAUUUACGCGUGGGGAAGCGCUUCCCUUCUCAGCAUCAUUUGUGCCAUCAUGGAUUUCGUUCCCAGCGUGCCAAAGGAAUUGAUCCGACCGGAAAUUGGUGAAUCGAAAUGCUGGUUUCACACGGACGAGGCGAGAGCGAUAUAUUUUUACGGACCAAUGAGUGUCACUGUUAUCUGCAACAUUUGCUUGUUUAUCUCUACAGCACUAAAAAUUGUGCGCCACAAAAAGGACACAGCUCAUCAUUUGAGAGGGUCGGAAAGUAGACGCCAUGACGACAAUAAGCAAUGGUUCAAUCUAUAUUUGAAGUUGUUCAUCGUAAUGGGUAUAAACUGGUCCAUGGAAAUAAUAUCAUGGCUAUUCAAGACUGCGCCGGCGUACGUCUGGUAUCUCACCGAUCUGACAAACACCCUGCAAGGCCUCAUCAUCUUCAUUAUAUUCGUAUGGAAAGAUAAGAUCAAGCGGCUGCUGUUAAAGCGAUUCGGUUGUCAGGAUCGUGGUCUGUUCUCCAGAAAUUCGACACGCAGCGGUUGCCAUAGUUCAGCCUCACGCACAUGCACUACUACAUCAGCAGUAAUGUCCCUGCAGGAGAAGGUCAAUCCCUACGUACAAACAAAUUGUCGCGCGAAGAGUUUAUCCGACGAGGCUGAUACUUAGUGUUGCAAAGCGAGAGAAAAAUUCCAUUAUGAAACAGAAGUCGAAGAAUUAAUGGGUUAAUGCAUAAUUUAAUUCUCCACUCGAGGAUUAAUUUUGUAUUAUUUGCGUUGAUCUCUUUGUUUGGAAUACCGAAAUUUAUGGUUUCCAUCUCUCUCUUUUUUAUUCCUUUAAAAAUGUACUUACAAGUUUUUUUUAAUUUCUUUUUGCAGUCCAAAGAGGAUUUAAAAAAUUAAUUAAAUUACUCUGCAUCUAUAUUGUCGUCCUCAUUAAAAUAAUAAAAGCAUAUUGUAUAUCAUGUACAUUGACUGCCGUAUGCUAUAAUUUUGUAUAAAUUUUAUUUUAAUAUGUAAGGAUUUGUUUAUUAUUAUACACUAUCGAUAAUGCUUCAGUAAAAAGGCUACGUAUAAUUUUUACUCUAAUUUUAACUUCAACUGUAACACAUUAUUCGCGUACAACUAUCUUACAUUCUCUUUUUUUUAUUAAAUAUUUAUUUCCAUUGACAUUCGGUUUACAUUUCCACCGCACGUAUAAGUGUUAAAUAUCAUGAAACGAAUUCAAGAAAAAAAAAUAUAUUGAUAUAUGCAUUUUUAAACACAUUUAUAUAGAUAGAUGAAAUGACUUUUAAGACGAUAUUUUAUCGCACAACGAAUGUGCGAUGCAAAUACUGACCUGUGUCAAAUCAACCAUACACUUUAUCAUAUACAUGUGAUAGUAUUACAAUAUGUAUCUUAAAAUUCCUUGAUAGAUUUUACAUCAAGCAUCUCCAUAUUUGAUUUAAGAUUCCGUUAAUUUAUUAUAAAAUGCAUUUACCGAUAAAGUUCCCUAGAAUUGCAUUUCACUUAUCGUAUUAUAUGUAGAAUAUCUUUACCGCUUCUAUACGGUCACAGAAUAUAUUCCUGUACAAGUGUCAUCAUGAACAUUCGUCUAAUAUUUAAUAAUUGCAUUUAAUAUGCACCUAUAAAGUCAAAGUGUAGAAAAUCAAAUGGACAAAAUUGCAACGCAAGGAGAAUAAAAGCACAAAGUCUGUAAUCAUUCGAGGUCUGCAAUUAUUAGUUAAUAAAGGCUUAAUCUGUAUUCAUUACUAUUACAUGUAUGUGUUUGUAAUCGUCUACGUAUACGAUAAUCAGACGAGAAAAAAAAAUAAAAAGCAUUACAACACGUA